AUGACCACCAUGAAGGCUCUCACCAUCCUGGCUGCUGCCACAAGCGUGGCUCAAGCCACAGUCCUAAAAGACCUCCUUGCCUCAGCAUCGGCUUCUGGCAAAACAUCUGGAUCUGGCAGCAUUAGAAUUCAAGAUUGGGAUUGCAAGGCCUACCCCGACUCACCAUUCGAAAAGUGCGAUGUGGACGACAACCCCACCACAUACGGCGGCAAUGACAUCCCGACUUUCACCUGCAGUGGCCAACACUCGUACGCGAAGAACACAGACCUGGCUUAUGGUUUCGCUACCAUGAUGACGGGAACUUUCGAUGCCCAGAUCGUCGGAGCAUGCUACAWACUUACAUACGACGUCGCUGUCAACACGACUGGGGACAUGGAGAUUUCCUCGAGAAGCUCCGAUGAGGCAGAAGAAACUUCCAUGAAGACUUUGGUCGUUCAGACCACCAACGUAACCCGUGGUGUUGGCGAGGCGCUUUUCGACAUUGCCAUCCCCGGAUCUGGCCGUGGUCCAUUCAGCCAGCAAGCCUGCGUAGAGCAAUUCAGCGCCCCAUCUGAAGGGCAUGGUCAUGCCGAGACCGAGUCCGACUGCGACAAAUUGCCCAAGGUUCUGCAAACCGCUUGCCGCUUCCGCUUCGACUUCUUUGAGGAUCUUAUUUCCAAGCCGAAGAGGGAUGUCGCGGGUCUGUCUUCCGCCGUAACAGGCAGUACCGGAUUGAAAGUGGACUUCGCGCGUGUGAAAUGUCCUUCCGAAUUGGUGGAAAAGUCCAAGUUUGUUCUGCCAGAUGACGACGAGUACCCAGAACCUCCAUCUUACAGCGAUGGCGAGUCUUACUCUGCUGGCGAGUCUGAGGAAAGCCAUGAGUCGAAUGAAGAUGACAGUCCUGCAGACGACGACGAAUCUUCCUACGAAGCAUCUGACGAUGACGAAUCAAAUGAGCACGGAUCCAACUCAUACAAGGACGACUCAUCUGACGAUCACUCCUCUCAGGACUUCUUCUCCAGGAUUAACUCCUACUCCCAUCACCCGUCUGACGACCACUCCUACUCUUACACAGCGUCUCAAUACGAGAAGCGUGAUGGACCUCCUCAGCAGGAAUACUCGCAGUGCGGAGGGCAAGGCUACGCUGGACCGACAAACUGCGCCAGCGGUCUUUCUUGCAAGGUUCAAUCKCCUUAUUACUCGCAAUGCUWGGCCAACGUCGCAAAGCUGUACGCACAGUGUGGUGGCAAUGGAUUCAACGGCCCAUCUCGAUGCGCGGACGGGCUGAACUGCAACAUCGUCCACGCAAAGUACAGUCAAUGCCAGCCUCCACCUAGCACUCCCUCGGCCAACCCCCCGACCCCUGUCGAGGCUCGUGCCUCCGCGCAGACUUUGUACGGACAGUGCAGCGGCGCCAACUGGGCGGGAGCAACUCAUUGCGCGGAUGGCCUCCAAUGCUUUACUCGUGAUGCCACAUACGGACAAUGCCUUCAGAAAGUUCAGCUUCUGUCCGAGCAGUGUGGCGGUACCCUAUACCUUGGCCCAAACUUGUGCGUUACAGGUGCAAAGUGCAAGAAAUUAAGCCCUGAGUACAGCCAAUGCCUACCAGMUGAUGGAUCUUAUACCGAAGAGUCAGCCCCUGCUGCUUACGUUGCACCCACUGAGCAGGCAGCUCCCAGCCCUACUACUUACGAAUCAACCAUCGAGGAGGCAGCUUCCACGCCCACUGUUUACGAGUCACCCAUCGAAGAACCUAUUCCCAGCCCCACGCCAUACGAAUCAGAGACCGAGGAGUCAAUUCCAAGCCCUUCUCUUUACAUCCAACCUACACGGGGUGCCCUCGACAGAGAUCCCAAACGCAUCGCAACCGCAGCAGAUGGAGUGGGCAACGAGGACAAGUCGCACGACGAAGAUAAGAAAGACAGCAGACAUGGCAGGGAAGGUCCUCCUACAGUGACAGACGGUGUCUCAUUUGAAGGAGCAGCUGCUGACCUUGUGGCGCCUUCUGCGAUUCUCGGGCUUGCUGUGCUGGCUGCGGUUCUACUACUUUGA